UCAUGAAACAAUGGCAAAGAUUGGAAAAGAGAUACUAACGAAGGGUGACUUGGAUGCCCUCAGAAAACCUGGUCCUUUGAGCGACACUGUAAUAAAUUACAUCCACAAGGAUUUUCAAGACUAUGUUAAUGACAUGAGACCAAGACGAAUCCUAAGCCUUUCUAGCUUUGUACUCCCUAUAUUUCGAAAGCGCGGAAUAGCUGCUUUCCAAUGGAUAAAAAAGCUAAAUGUUUUUCAUUAUGAGCUUCUUGCCAUUCCAGUUUACUUAACUAAUCAUUGGAUAGAAGUUAUUAUAGAUAUAUUUCAUCAAGCCUUUCUUGUAUUUGACUCUCUUGGAAAGAAGCACCAACAUCUACUUACAAUUGUGGGCAUGCUGAAACUGUGGAUUACGGAUGUGUCCCAUUUAGUCAAUGGAUCGAUUCUAGACGUAACCGACUGGUCGUUGAUAUACCCAAUACCUCAAAAUUACCCGCAACAAACCGAUCCAUUUAAUUGUGGAAUAUGGACUUGUGUGAACAUGCUUUCAGCAGCUGUGGACAAUCCUCGUGUAGCCAACAACAUCAAUCCCAAUGACAUGAGGACGUGGCUAUUGCAUCGAAUUGUUCUGACAGGGGCCGUUGAAAGGAGAGAACAGAAAGAUGAACUACUUGAAAACGACCAUGAUGAGGAUACACAUUCUAGUGACUGCACUAUAGAGACAGAAACAACAAUUCAUCAAAAAUCAGAUACGAAAAGUAAACGUUAUUCACCAGGCGAACACCUUACAGCUAAUGACUCUAUAACGGUAUCGUUCAAGCCAGGAAAAGUACCCUUUUCUAUUGAAGGCACAACAGAUCCUGACAGAUCAAGGUACAGGAGCGUGAUCUACAAGUAG